GAUUUGAGAGGUGACUUCCGCCAGGAACCAAGCGACACCAUGGCUCUGCUCGGGGAGGCGGUGGUCCUGGAAUGUUCUCCUCCCCGCGGGCACCCGGAACCAGAGGUGACGUGGGAGAGGAACGGACAAACGGUGGUGGAAGAUGGAGUCAGAGUGAGAAUACUGACGGAUGGGAACCUAGUCAUAUCACAGCCUAAAUCAAGUGACAUCGGAAACUAUGUUUGUGUCGCUACCAACUCGGAGGGUACAAAACGAAGUGCUCCUGGCCGAUUAAUAAUAAACUCUCGCCCUGCUUUUACGGAGGUCCCUUUUGACACCCUGGCCAUCCCGGGUGAGACCAUCACCCUCCCCUGCGUGGCAGAGGGUGAGCCGACGCCCACCAUCAGAUGGGAGAAGAAAGAUGGCGUUCUACCAGUCAAUAGGCACACCAUAUUGCUAGACAACUCGUUGAAGAUCACCAAUGCAGAGGCAAGCGAUUCGGGAACGUAUGUUUGCAGCGCCCAGAACACUUGGGGAGAUAAGAGUGUGGACGUGAUAGUCACCAUCAGCUCUGCACCAAUGUUUACCCGCGUACCAGUGGAUCGGACCGUGGUCGUAGGUCAAGAUGCCUUCUUCCUGUGCCAAGCUACUGGUCUACCAACACCGUCCAUCUACUGGAAGGAACGAGGAGCCAAGCCUCUCAUGUUUCCCGGUGACCGUACAGAGCAUUACGAAGUGACCAACGAUGGCAGGCUUCACCUUUUUUCGGUGACGCGAGAGAACGAAGGAUACUACGUCUGUUCCGCGAUGAGCGGAAGAGGUUCCGUCGAGGACUCCGCCUAUCUACGGGUCCUUGAUGAUAACUUACCUCUACCACCCAUCAUCCACAUUGGGCCGUCCAAUCAGACGCUGGUAGAAGGCAGCCCCGCCCAACUGGACUGCCAGGCAGAGGGACGAACCCCGCCCUCUAUUGAUUGGCUGAAGGACGGUGCACCCUUACAGCUUGUGGGAACCAGAGUAUCGAUGGAUGGAUCGGGAACCCUCAAGUUCUCUUCCUUGACUCCAGACGAUGCAGGGCAUUACACCUGCAGCGCUGCUAACAGUGUUGGAGCAACAAGAUGGUCUGCAACUCUCCAAGUCAUCAGGAGAGCUUUUGCGGAAACGGAGCAGACGCACGAAGCUCCGAGCGUAACACAACUACCUCAAGCCCCAGGGUUUCCUAUUAUUGAUAACAUCACCAGGACAACCAUGAGGCUUACCUGGCCUAGCGCCAGACCUCUCACAGACAGGCCAGUAUCACUGACUGGUUACAGAGUGGAGUAUUUCACUCCAGAUAGAAUAACAGGGUGGACCGUCGCUGCGGAAAAGAUCCAAGGAAAUUCCUUCGAGGUGCGGAACUUGGAAUCCGGCUUCACCUACGUCUUCAUGGUGCGAGGGAUCAACGGGCAGGGCUACGGCCCUCCCAGCCCGGUCAGUAUCGCAGCAAACACCCUGACCGGGACUCACCGUGAGCUACCGGGUCCUAAUGUAGAGCCAGGGGUCACCACACCAGCUAAUGAAGGAGCUGAAAGCAGGGAUAUCCUCCAAGAUAAGUUGGAUAACUGCGGGGUCUUCAUCAAGAGAGUCCAGGUCCUUGGAACUCAAGCGAUCAACGUUACUUGGCAGAUUGUUCGUAACGGUGAUUACAUCGACGGCUACUACCUCAAAGUGACCCCCCAGGUCAAGGCUCCGGGUAUCUUUGAGAUGAACAGGGUGGUCAACGACAAGACGGCAGUCCAGGGAGGCCUCCAACCCUGGACGGAGUACGCCAUCACGAUCCAGCCCUACCAUGGGGCGUGGCAUCGGGGCAGGGAAAGCAGGAAGGUUAUUAUAAAGACAGCGCAAGAUGUUCCGAAAGCACCACCGAACUCCAUCAAAGCCCGUCAGAACGGAUCCACCUCCAUCAAAGUCAGCUGGCGCCCUCCGGCAGCCAAUCAGGUGCCAGGGAUCAUCGCCGGCUACCACGUCUUCUGCCUCAGUGAAAACCCCCCUCACCACCCGAACAUCACCACGAGGAAUAACAGGACACUGGAGGUCGCGGUGCCUAACCUCCGACCUGGCGCACAGUACGGGGUCAAGGUGGCGGCGUAUACGAUCGCAGGGAUGGGGCCGUUCAGCGAUAUAGUCUAUGUCACCCUUCCUCCAGGUCCAGAUGACCCAGAGAAGCGAGGUGGUAACGGGGAUCGAGACUCUGUCGGUGGAGGAAUGGACAUCCUCUCGGAGCCGUGGUUCUAUGCAGCUGUAGCCCUUGCCCUCCUCUUCGUCAUCACAUCGAUAUUCCUCCUCUUCUGGCGGCGGCACAAAAAGAAGCCUUGCUCGCCCGUUGGAAAUGUUAUGAUAAGCAAGGAUAAUGUAACAGUACAAAAUAUGAACGCUAGACCUACACAACUGAAUGGGAAUGCUCAUACGGAGGGGGAGGCAACGUGGACAUCAAAUGGUCCCCCACACUCACACAACCAUCAAGGUUGUAUGGGUAACUGCUGUACAGGUAACGGAUCCUCAGGAGACGACACGUUAGAAAAGAACAAGCCCCCUCCGUCUAAGUGGCCCAACGGUGCCCCACCUGUCUGGCUUCAAGAAGUUUAUAAUCCAAAAUAUCCAUCGCAUUUACAAAGUCAGGUGAGCAAAGAAACGCAUCUCACACAUGAUAGUCAGAGCAGCUCAGGAUUUGGUUCUUCCUUCCCUACUCUGAGCACAUUCCAUGGAAUGAUGAUGCAUCCAAGUUCACCUGAGUAUGCCGUGGUUGAAAACGAAGCCGAGAUGGAUGAGGAGUUGAGCGUCCACGCCGGCAGCACACUUCCCAUCAUCCCCAGCCCCGGUUCCGGCCGCCCUCCGCCUCAAUACAACCAGCAUCUCCACUUCCCGCACCACCAGAUAUCGGACGACCCCGAACCCUACGCCUCGGCGACCCUCGUCCAGCCUCCAAACAUGCGGGAGUACCCUGCCCGACGACAAAACUGCAGUGAUAAUAGUUCGGAGUGGUCUGGCUCGUGGCAGUCAUCAAACAGGGAUGGGCGUCGCCCUGGUAGGAUGGUGAAGCCCGGUGGACACGGUGGUAGCGGGCAUGGUAGCCCAAGAGGGUGGCAUGGCCCUUUCGAUGGUCCGCCAGCAGUUCCAGAUAGAGAUAUGGGUUACUCCGACCAGGGAAGUCAGUACUCAAGAUGCAGCUCAGCAAACAAACGAUGUAGGCAUCCUCACCCCACCACACCCGGGAGACAAACUCAAAGAAACUGGGCGGAGUUCCUUCCGCCUCCCCCCGAGCAGCCCCCAACAGACAUGGACUCACCCGGGGGAUCGUUGCCCCCUUCUCAUCCAGGGUCCAUCAAGUCUUCCUUCUACCGGAGGGGCAGUAGCCCGAAUCAGCACGCCCAGGCGUACGUCCAGAUCAACCCAGGGGCGUGCGAGGAUUGCGAGGCGGCGGCGGUGGCGCAACAGCACUGUCCUCCGGUACCGCCAAGGAACCACCAACAGAGUCCACUCUUGAACCAGCCGCUCUCCGGAAACAACUCUCCGGUACCCAUCUACCCGCCGCCGCUUCUACCCCAACAACCAUGCAGGACGGAGAUCCCUGGCCCUGGUUCGCAUUUCCAGCCCAUCAGCUCGUCGCUCAGUCCUCCCCCGGGCGAGAGCCCCAGCCACAAAAGGGGCGUCCAUAAACUGAUAAAGACCCCGCCCCCAGUGCCCAGCACCACCACCGGCAGCGGGAACAUGACACCGGAACUCGGUGGGUGCUCUAAGCAAACUGUCAUACCGUUACAAUCGGGGCUGGGGAGCCCGGGAAGGGGGCCGCAGCACAUGCAGCAGCAGUCAAUAGCACCGCAAAGAGUGUUUGAGGACCCGAGGCACGCCCAGAUUGGGCAGGAAUUGCUCAAAUAUAUGACCAGGAAUGAACUGGAAGCAAUGUCGGAUGAUACUUCUUAUGCACCUAUGGAAAUGACCAUGAAAAAUACAGAAGGGUCAAACUCCGCCGUCCACCCCUCCUUAAGCGAGAUAGAGACCACCGAACUGAACAGUUUGGAUAGUAAGGAUAGGGACAUGGAUACAGCGAGCAAUUGCACAGGGUCAAUGUUAGCUUAUGGAAGCAGCAGCAACGGAAGCAGACGAAAUAGUGUGGGUAGCACCAGUUCGGACGGGUCAUUCUUCGCCGAGACGGACUUCGCCAGUGCGGUAGCUGCAGCGGCACACAGUGCUGGAGUGUCCGUAUUGCAGAGAGACACACCACUGUCAAGUCAACAUCUGCUAAGAGAAGACACAGUCUGAUUAAA